AUGCUGUCCACGGGCGACGGAGCAACUGCGCACCUCGCAGAAUUGAUCGCAGGCGCAGGGCUCCGCCCCGGGGACGCGUUUUGCUUGAAAGGAGAUGAAGGUGCCAGUCAGGACAUUUUCGUGCGCGCCUUCCUGCGGGCGGUCCUGGACCAACCCGACAAGGUCGUGGCUGCACCCACCGGCACGCUGGAGCCCGUGACCUACAGCGAGCACGCAGGCCCUGCAAUCCAGCACCUCAACCUGCGCAACGUCCCCACACCUGGGGACGCCGAGCGUGGCAACCUCGUGGCAUCGUUCGCGCCGGUGGUGUCGCUUGUGGAGAGCGCGGAGCGCCUGCAGGAGUGGGGUGCGGCGCCAGAACAGCGCCUGGCGAUCUGGAUGCGGCAGCUGCCGCCAAAACUGCCCUCAAGGCUGAUGCUGCUGAGCGAUGACCUGACCGCGUCAAUGAUCAAGGGUCUGCCGGAGAGCAUGCUGCUGCAGGCAGUCAAGGCCUGA